AUGGAACAGGCCAUGAGGUUAGUUGUUCUUUACUUUAUGUGUUUUCGCAAAACACAGCAUUGACUUGAUAAGUGAGUGGUGUAACAAGAUCUGAGUUCUACUCUAGUAUAAUUAACAUACCUAAUCUUAGCGUGAGCAAGUGGGAAUUUUCUUUCUGUAUGUAUAUAUAAUAAAAACCAUGCAAAAAAUAAACGACUGCACUAAAAUACCAACUUUUGACCCCACUAAACAACAGCAGCAGACAAAAUGUAAGGGCAAAUAAGUUUAUUUUGAGACGGCUUUGCGAGAACUAACCCUGCAGAGUACGUAUGGAAAUACAGCAAUAGGUAAGUAACUAAUGUACAACACGCGUAAACUAUCUUUCACAAAAAGAAAGAACUGCUAUAACUGGUUGAUCUCAACCUGAAUCCCCAAUUAAGCACGUGGGCUUAGUGCCAGUUAGGUCGCCAGUUAGGGAGGGGAAACUAAAGAAACUAAAUUAAACUUUAAACAAUGGAGAACUGGAACAGGGAAUGCUAAGUGCCGGGAAAACUGGGAAUUAUUUUCACUAAGGUACCCAACAAGGCACGUAGGCGGGUUUGUAGUUAGGCUGCUAGAAAAGGAUUGGGCAGGACAUUUAGGGUAAACAAAUGGCUAACGCGCACGACCCUGGCUAAGUAGACGAGCAGGUGCAAAACUGUGAUAACCAUGAAAGUACAUAAGAUACGAAACGGGAAAAAAAGCUGAAAACUAGCAGAGCUGAGCCACCGCUUACAACUGAAAUAAAUGCGGUCAGACGGAGGCCAGAAAAAACCUGCCUAAAAGGACCCCGAAGCGAAAAAUGCGGGUAGGAAAUCUGGGUAGGAACCAAGGCUCAAGCUCAAAGUCCUUCCUACGGGACGUUACAGUGUAAUGGAGAAUAGGCUGCUCCUAAAAUAAAACAAAAUAUUAUGAAAAACCAAAGAGAGGUUGGUUCAGAAGCUUAGAUGACGUAUUCGUGAUAUACACAGCCUUAUAUACCCCCGGUAUGGCUACCAUUGGUGCCCCGACCUAGUACCCAGGCCCCGUUGUAUCUCGUGCCGUCAAAAUAUUUAUUUCUUCCUUCUUCGCGGGCUCAUUCGUCAGAAAUAACAUAUUCAUUAAGCUAAUCAAGCCAUGUGGAGAGCAAGCUAUCGUGAGAGAACAACAACACCAAAAGCUUUAUUUGCAUGACCAUAAAGGAAUUACAGUAUUGCAAAAGCUUUUAUUACAGCUAUUAUUAAUGAAGCUAUUAUUAGUAUUACAGUAUUGCAAAAGAUAUUAACUAUUAGACAGACUUAAAGCAAGGGGCACACAUACACUAACCCACAGCCUGGCCAGUACCUGACGCAUGUGCACAGCCAUAUCACCCCUGGCCAAGCCGUGGGUUGGUGUACGUGUGCCCCUUGCUUUAAGUUUAUCUUAAGGAAUUCUGAGUUCGUAAAAAACCCUAUGGUGGACAUCACAUGAAUUGAAAUAAAUGAAAUGAGUCAUUUUUUGAAUUGCGGAUAAAGAUAAUAGAGUGUACACGAUGUUCGCAGUAGAAUAAACAACCUAAGCGCUAUUUUCGCCAAAUUCGCCAUUUUUGUCAAAAUCACCAUUUUGCUAUCUCAUUUGAAUUUUGGCUAAGACUUUCCCGAAUGUUCGCCAUUUUGGACAAAAUCGCCACUCACAGUACAUUCGCCAAACUUUGGCGAAUUUUUCCAAUUUUUGUCAUUUUCGCCGAAGCGUGCAUUUCUGGACCUAUCUCAUAUAGCAACACCUAUAGAUGCCCUUUCCAGUUAAAGUUUUUCACCCUCGUCUACAAUGCCAAUCCUUUUACUGUAUAUUUUUGUAUUGUUUUAAUCUCCUCAUCAAUGUCAUUAAUUAUUUCCUUGUUUCUUCUUUUAGCAGCUAUUGUUUAUGAUAAACGAGCUUUUUUGGAACCUAAUUCCUGGUUUAUUUUACCAGGUUUAUUUUAAAUUUCAUUCACAUAAUCUGGGUGUUUGAAGGUUGGCAGUAAAACAUCACCUAAUAAUGCCUGCCUUCUAAAAAUGUCAAAUCUUCUUGGUGCUUUACCGCUUGGACCCGAUAAUAAUAUUUUUUCAGUAUCCCUUCUGCUUCCACCAGAGCAGUUCUAAGCACUUCUUUAGCAAUGAUCCUGUGUUGCAGAACAGACUUCGAGGUUUUCUUUGUACACUGCACUAACCUCUCCCAGGAGCCACCGAAGUGGGGUGCACUUGGCGGUUUGAAAUUCCACUCAAUCUCUUUUGGUGCACAAAAGUUUUGUAUUUUCUUUUUAUUCAGCUGCUUAAAGCAUUUCUGCAGCUCAAUAUUGUCCCCUAAAAGGUUAGUUCCAUUAUUACUGCAUAUUCUUUAUGGCCCCCCACGUCGCACAAUGAGCCUUAUCAAUACCAUAAUGAAAUGAUCCGUUGAAAGAUCGUCCACCAGUUCAAGAUGGAAAGCUCUUGCAGCUGGAAACAUAUAAACAAAAAGGCGUACACCUUAAUCCCACCACGUCUCUUCUUAAUCAAAAAUCAACUGCAGACUGUCUUUGAACACCAUUUCAGGUUCAAGCCUACGCUCAGGUAAGUUUCCUAUUUGCCGCUCCUGGGGUUUUACUGUCUGACGAUAGAAGUAAUUGCACUUUAACUUUACGCCUCUCACAGCCUGACGGCAAUGGAUAAUCCAAUACUCCUGUCUAAUUUGAAUCAGUAUAUGAUGGACGGUGGUAAGUACGAUGCAUGUCCUGCCCAAGCUCAUGAUGUGAGUCAAUUAUCUUCGGGUGUCGUGUCUUGUAUGGGAGGGCUUGCGCCUUUAGCAACCUUCCACCGACUACCAUAAGUCAACUUUCUAUUCACGGAUCAAAAGAUUUGAUCCUGCUUCGCUUAUGAACUAGCUGACCAUUUUCCAGGUACUUUAUCUCUUCGCCAAUUGACUCUACUUGCGCCCUCUUCACUAGCUGGUUCUGUGCAGUUCUCAGCUACGUGGCUUUGCUAAUCGCAUUGCGUACUCCAGUACCCUUCUCAGCUUAGCUAGGGACGAAUAUCUUUUCCAUCCCAACAAAGGCUCAGUUUCCUGGGAAAUUCAGACCCACCUUAGGCUUUUCCUUUCUCUUUUUGCGUAUUCCAGUGGUGCUUCAACUUUGUUUUCUGUCCAGCACUCGGCCGCUCUGUAUAGGAACUCUGGGCCAGGGCUGUAACGAUUCUUCACCUUUAGUUCUGCAGGGUGGAGUCCUUGGGUGAUAUCAUCCGCAGGAUUAUCACCCUCCGGCGUGCAUCUCCAUGUGUCCGCCUCUGGUGCAGUCUCCAUGGUUACUCAUGAUCGUGUAAAUCUCGGAUAUUCGAUUAGUCGGGUAACACUGAAAAGAUGCGUGUUUUAUUCAUUAUUCAUGCGGUAUUUCCUAGCUGUCAAUCACGAGCACCUGUGAAAACAGGAAGCGCAGGAACAUUUGUUUUAUUUCUUUGAUUUAAGAUCAUUCCACAAAAGUCACAAAUUGUAUAUCCAAAUGAUUUCAAUGCGUACUGAUCAACUUUUGUACAAUUAAUAUCUAUAUACAUUAUUAAGGUAAUAUGCCUGGACAAGGCAUAUUAAUGAGCAUUUCUCAACUACUGGCGAAAAACUGGCCAACGAAUUGCCGAAUACCAACUUGACUUAAAGUAACGUUCAUGUUUCCUUCGUCGCGCUUUAUGUUGUGAGCAUAAAUGCAUCGUAUGAGAGUAUUGUUAGCUUGAUGGCUAAGUUGAGAGCCGAUAAAGCCUCUGUACCCGACAGUGUUGCCUCAAAGCUUUUAAAGUUUACUCGUGACUCCAUUAUCCCAUCCUUGUUGUCUGUUUUAGCGCCACCUGCAACACCGUACCGGCUACAUGGAAGGCCGCAAAUAUUUCAGCUCCCUACUAUAAGCGACAAUGAAACUGAUUUGCAUAAGUCAACUAUAACCACCCAUGUCACUGGACAGGGACUUGGAAACCCUCACCACUGGGCGUAUUAAAAAAGUCAUUCGACCAAGCUGUUGUUACUGGAGACCAGCAGGUUGUUGUAGGCGUGUUUAUAAGGCGUUUGACGCGAUUCCCACUUCAUUCUGCUCCGAAAACUUCAGAGUCUUGGUGUGGCUGGGGACUUAUGGUGUUGGAUCAGGGAUUAUCUCUCUAACAGAACGCAAGUGACAGCGAUUAAUGGGUGUCAAUCUCAAGCUAUACCAGUUACUUUUGGUGUACCACAGGGGUCUCUGCUGGGCCCCAUCCUGUUUUCCCUCUUUUGUAAUGACCUGCUCUAUAUCACUGAGGGAAUAGAUGGUGAUCAACAGCUUCACAUGUACGCAGACGAUACCACCAUUUAUGUCUCGGCUCCGACUUAUGAUCUGGUGGCUUCCAAGUUAAAUGAAGACCUAGCAAGUGUAUAUACAUAGUGUUGUGAGAACUGUCUCACUCCCCAUCCUACCAAGAAGGAGUAUAUGCUGCUCAGUAGACAUGGCUGGCAAUUGACUGAACCAAAAUAAGCUAUUAAGAUGGGUGAUUAAGUUAUCGAGGAGGUUGUUUCUACAAGAUGCUCAGGUGUCCAGAUACACAAUGCUCUUAAAUGGGAUCAUCAUGUAUCGGAACUAGCGAAAUCGUUUACGUAGAAGUUGAACUUACUGAAAUCAACUUCCUGCCUAGACAGGCGAGAACUGAUUUCUAUUUUGGUGUUAUUUUGCCGUCCGUUACGUAUGGUAUGUUAGUUUGGGGCUCUUGUGGUCAAGUACUUUUCUCAAAUCUGGAAUCUACACAUGAAAGAGCGGCAAAAAUAAUAUAUAACCUAGAUUGGUAUACGCCAGGCAAGGUGGUUCUUACCACUGCUAAAUGGAAUAACUUUAGUUAGUGAUUAUGUAUGAGAAACGAGUUUUUAAUAUUUUUAGCACAUCAGGCUUAUUAUCAUCUUUUACCAUGUCCUCUGAACUGUCUUUUUGAAAAGUAUGUAAGUAGCUACGAUCUCUAGAGGAACAUGACCUUUAAGUUACCCAGGCCUAAGACUGAUAUGGUUAAGAAAUCAUGCUCAUACAAGUCAAUUAUUCGGUGGAAUGUCCUAGAAAACCAAAUGAGACCAAUUCAUGACAUUGACGCUUUUAAAAAGUCAGUCAAGUGUAUUUUUAAGCCACAUAUAUUAUAAUGAUGUACUGUGUAGAAUUAUUAUUGUUAUAUAUACGUAGAAUUCUUAUAAUAGUCUUAUUGUGAUUAGUUAGGAAGUUUAAUUUUAUUGUUAUGCAUACGACCACAUCAGCUUUGCUGAAUUUUUUAAUCUUGUUUAAAUAAAUGCUAUUAUUAUUAUUAUCUCUUUUAUCACAGUCUUUGCCGGUGUUCUUUUUGUGCAUCAGCCGGGCGCAAACCAUGCACCUAGAGCGUCAGUCACUCAAGUCAAUCAUUCUGUUCAUACACUGAGCACCUUUCUGAGGAUUCGCGCAGAUCCCUGCAUGCAGAUCUUUUGAAUUCUCUGUCAUAGUAGCUCUCUCAGAUACUUUCUUGAUGUUUUCUACCAUACCCUUCUUCACUGUACCAAAGGCACCAACAACCACAGGGAUCACUACGGUUUUCAUAUGCCACAUUCUCUGUACUUCUAGUUCUAGGUCUUUGUACUUGCUUUUUUUUUUCAGUUUCCUUCGGUGCGAUGUUUCUAUCUGAUGGAACAGUCAUAUCAAUUAGUUUGAAUUUAGUUUGGAAUUCACUGAAUCUUUAUUAUUAUUAUUAUUAUUAUUAUUAAAUGCUUUUACCCGGUUUUUGAAUCUGCAACUCCUUGAGUUCACGGGUUUUCAAUCCUAAGGUCAAGGUGACGUGGUUGUCGCGUGAUAACCAAGGCCAAGGACAAAGGAAAUGAGUCAAAUAAAUGAAAACAGUCAACACUUGUUGGUUUAAAACUCUACGUGCCACACAGCCUGAUUCUGGUAAGCAUUAGUGGUCUCCAACUGGAAUGGUAGGAACACAAGACUUUCUAAUUAAAUGUUUAAAAUUUCAUUUCUUCUAUCAGGCAUAUGAGAUCACAGUUCUGUACUCUGACGGGAGCAAAAUGGCGCUUCGAAAAACAUAUUAAGAGUUUAUUGAAUUGCAGGUGCGUUUCUUGAGAUAUGAAUUGAUAAAUAUUUUUUCAAAAUGAUAAUUGUAUAUCACGAUUGUUGGUCAUUGUCGGUGAACAGCUGAUGUAGAGUCUUGUAGUUGUGUUUUUCGAAUUUGAUUUUCGAAGUACGGAGCUAGCGAUUUUUCAUUUUAGUUAUGGUACCGGUGAGAUUCUCCCAAAUAUUCUGAACGUUUUUUUUUGCAUUUUGUGCUGAUAUUACAACUUUUCACCUCGAAUAAAUCCAGCGCAGACAAUCAUGGCGAACAACUGAGCUGAAUGUAUUUGGCGUGUAAAAACACUCGAAACGGCUCCAAGGCCUGCUGUCCUCUGAUUGGGCAGAAAAACAAGCGCCAAUCAGAAGCCAGGACGGCUGCGACCGUUUGGAACUGGUCUGGUAUGACAAUGUCCCCAGGGGCUCUACAACCCUUACUUGAAAUCUUUCGUCGCACCUUUUCUCCCAAACCAACUGACUAGUACCCCUGGGUCUCCGCGGAUGGGAUAUAUUUAACCAGACCAAUGAUCUCGGUGUGGUAGCGAGUUAUCGAAUACUAUACUGACCGUCAUUGUCUACUGAUCUGUAAAAUACUCUAUGGUUAUUGCAGGUCCUCUCACUAAAUUAAAUACAAAUUACAAGUUAUUAGCGCUAUCAAAAUAGUGAACAUAGCUCUCUUAAAAUUUCCUUUAAUUGCCGAGCACGGUUUAUAAUUUGCUUAAGAGAGAGGGUGGUUAUUCAAAGAAGACUGCAAAAUCUCUUGUAAAAACCUUACCAGGUAUUCUUUGAUAGUACUGAUACGCUCAUAAACCAUUGUUGAUCAGAAAGCAAUGUUUCAGUCGAUUGACUGUUGCUUUAAAAUCUUGCAUCCAACGAGUGAGUCUAUUAAAAACUGUAGUUUUACUAUCAAAUCACUCAUUUAGUUGAAAUUGUAGACUUCGUAUCGAAUGAAAAGAUCUGUAGUCUUUCACAUACUUCAUCAAGUUCAUGACCUGAGUUUUAUCUAUAAGCAACGGUGGUUACCUAAGCAAAAAGACAUCAUUUUAGUUUAUUUUUUGUAACUCCAGUGCAGUAGUUUCUAUAACACGAGUUUUUCUCAAAAUCUAUUCUAGUUUAUAACACUGAAAGUAGUUCUGAUUUUUUGAGGGUUUCAGGAAUCACAGAGCACACAAGCAAGCGCAGUUUCAACCGUCCUCAUAAUAUUUUUCUUCUGUUUACACAUCUUAAUCACAACUUUCUUUUUGUUUUUAUCAAAAAAGCUACCAAUAUUCGCGUUCCGUAAGCUUUAAAAUGCAUGUUAAUUGAGCCCCCUGUGUUAUCGAGUUUUACAGCAUUAGUUAAUAAAGCUUUCUUUGUUGCAGAGUUGAAUAAUUACUUCUCUCAAAGUCUCUUCAAAGAGGACGAUUUGAAAAAGAUUGAGAGAUUGGAAAAUUUCAUUAAGGUAAAAAAGUAGAUCAGUUAGGAUCGAGAGAAUUUUUUUUGCGUGGAGCAAAGACUUAUUUUAGACAAUCCAGCUCAGUCUUCAAGACAAAAUCUACUCUGCUUGACGUUACACUAACAGCAACUCUUUUUCCAUUCCUAGGAAUUACUUAUCCUUCCAGCUGUGGUAAGAAAUUCCGAAAGUGUUAAUAAAUUUUUUAACGCCUUUAUGGAAAAACCAGUCAAAUGUGAAAGGUUUGGCCGAAGAAGGUUACACUAAAACAAACUGCGGGUGACUGCAACUUUAGAAUCUAACAAUAACUACAUUUUGUUUUUAGGACAGAAAAAGAGGAGGAGUUAAAAAAAAAUUGUUAA